AUGGUUAAUAGGCGCAGCUGUCGUUUAGUUGGAGCUUCUUGCUCCAACUCUCGUCAGUCCAGAAAUCCAUCUAUUAACCAUAGACGACCAAUGUCAGCAUCUUUGUAUCCUGGGUGGCAGAUUGCUGCCGGAGAAGGGACCUCGGGACCUUCUUUGGAAGAAAGAAUCCGAAAAAUGGAAGAAUCUCAGAACGAGAUCCUUCAACUCCUGCGAGAGAAUCGGCAGCCGACAUUGGUACAACAGGAGGAAGUUUUCCUCCCUCAGAAUCCACCAUGGGCUGAGGAUAUCCGAUUUGAAUAUCUUCAAGCAGGACCUCGCAUCCUCCCAGAUCUCCCUGAAGACUCUGCUCAAUCACAUGGUGUGGAGCCCCCUUACGACACCCUGCAUCACGAACUGCGAAGAUUUAAGCUACCUAGCAUCGAGUCUUACGACGGAACGUCCGACCCGUACGAGCAUAUCGACCACUACAUAACCAUUAUGCACAUUCAGCGAGCCUCGGACGCUCUCCUCUGCCAAUUCUUUCCUGCCACUCUCAAAGGACAGGCUCACAUAUGGUUCUACUCACUUCCGUCAGGGAUGAUCCCUUCAUUUGUGAAAUUAGCAAAAGCUUUUGUCGAGCAAUUUAUAGCCAACCAAAGAAUUGCUAAGGAUUCCUCUCACCUCUCUGGAAUCCGCCAAAACGAAGGAGAAUCUUUAAAGGAGUAUUUUCAGCGAUUCUCCACUGAAGCUCGAAAAAUCCCAGGAGUAGAUCCUGAACUGUUGAGAGGAGUCUUCCUUGGAAGCCUUCGCCCUGGCCCCUUCUAUUCGACACUUAUGCACGACAAUGUUCCUUCAUAUACCGAUUUAAUUCACCGGGUAGAAGCUCAAAUCUCGGCAGAUGAGGCUUUAAACGCCCAUAGGAAACAGUUUGAACAAUCUACCGUAAAGCGAAAGGGAGCAUUAGGGACAUAUAAUUCUUCCUCGCAACGAAAGAAGCAAGGGAAGAACAAUCUACCUCCGAGGCCUCCAUUGCCACGACGAGAACCUCGACAGGAGAAAGAGUACACUCCUCUCAAUACGUCUCGAGCAAAUAUGUUAAUGGCUGUUCGAGAUCAAGAUACGGUAAAGUGGCCACAUCCCUUGAAUCCAAACACAAGAAAUCAGGACCAAUACUGCCAUUUCCAUCGCAGUUGUGGCCACACUACAGAAGCCUGUAGACAACUGAAGGAGGAAAUUGAAAGGCUUAUCCUCCAAGGUUAUCUUUGGCAGUUUAUUUGGGAUCCACCUGCCCGAGAAGAAACUUGUCCCACUGGGGGGCAAGAUCGAAAACAGAGGCCACCAGUAAAUAAUCGAAUAACAAUUGGAGAAAUUGAGAUAAUAGUUGGAGGCCCUCUGCUAUUCGAUAAAGUCUUUUUGGCUGUGGAUGAAAUUCCAACUCUAAAGAAAGCUCGUGUAGAUCACACCAUCACCUUUGAUGAUUCCGACUUGGAGGGAGUGAAAACCCCUCACCAAGAUCCUCUUGUUGUCAGUGCAGGCAUAAGUGACCCAUGCUAUAAUGUUAAUAGAAUUCUCGUGGACAACGGUAAUUCUGUAGACAUCCUGUUCUACUUUACCUCCCUCAAUUUGGGUCUCGCUAGAGAGAAGCUUCAACCAGCGACAGGUCCCUUAUACGGAUUUGAUAAUCGACCUGUGCGAGUAGAAGGGAUAAUUAGUCUCCCAGUUGUACUUGGAGAAUUCUCCCGGCAAGCUACACUCUCUGUCCAGUUUGUCGUUGUAAAGUCUGAAUCGGCUUACAAGGAUAUCUUUGGGAGGCCACUCCAAUCAAUUUUUGGGAUUGUCACAUCUAUCCCUGACCUCGAGCUAAAGUUCCACACUUCGACAGGAGUUAUUGUGGUGUGCGGAGAUCAACAAACAGCACAAACCUGCUAUCUCAGGCAGGUUAAAACACAUCCAACUGAUACUCUAAAUAUUGAGGAUUUUGAUCUCCGGAAUGAAGACAUACCUCAGAGAGCCUCUCCAGUAGAAGAACUCACCACUGUAUCUAUCUCUGAAGAACAUCCUCUAAAGACAGUGAAAAUUGGGUCACUUCUCUCAGAAGAUGAGAAGAAAAUAUUCAUAGAUUUUCUACGAGAAAAUCAGGAUAUUUUUACAUGGAGUCCGGCGGAUAUGCCGGGAUUGACCCUGAAGUAA